CGCGGUGUCGGACGAGAACGGAUGCCUGCGAGUCAGUCACUGGCCCAACACCUUGUUCUCGACCACGUCUUCUGUCUCACGGUCUAGGACCACUCGGUCACCACCGUCGACUCAAUGUCAGGUCUACUUUGCCAUCGUUGAUGUACUAAGAGGUCGAGCCAAAGAAGCAAGCUUGAUACAGUAUAGCAUGCCGUCGCGUGUGGGGGGCAGUGAGUGCUUUGUUCUCCACUCUUAUCCUGAAUAUUGAUCAGAGGCAAUAUGUUUGCCGCUCGGGACAGCAGCCCCGUUUAUCAGCCGUCGCACAGCCCGCGUUCAGGAUUAGCAUCGCACGUCGGCGGCCGAAUCGCACCGUAUGCCCGAGGUGUCGCAAAUAAGGAAUACGACCUCUCUGCAUUCGCCGGUUCCUGGAUCCCCCGCAGUUGCUUCUGGAUACGAGCCGCAAAGACCCGAAGAAAUCGUGUAGCGCAGCUCUGGAUCAGGAACAUCUUCUCUUGGUUGCUGUCCCCGCAGCUGCGGCCGUGCGGGGAGAUAUGCGAGAAACGGGCGGUGACGUUGGCGUUCGAUAGUCGGACGUACGACGGUAGGCAUCGUACGGUUCCUACUGGACGCUUGCCGUGACUGGCUACGCCCUAUGCCACCUCGGGCAACGUGUCACCAUCGCGCGCGAGUGGUGGGAACAGCCCGGCCGCACCGGACACGUUGUUUCAGGGUGGCCUCCUCGCGAGAAGGGCCGCAACCACGGUGUAUUGGGAACUGUCACUGCCCAUGACAGGGUCUUGUUGGCUCGCGCAUCCGGGCUUCGAUUCCUGUCGGCGACAGCAUUGACGGGGUGGACGAACAAUAUCCGGAUGGACGCGAUGCCGCGCGCGAGGCGCCUUGCGAGUCGCAGCGUGGAUCGACCUCUCACGACAUAGCGAUGCGAGCGGUGGGUUCGCAGUCUUGGAUGGUAAAUGAUUGAUUUGCUAUUGCAUUGGCCAGAGUGGUCCGGGAUCCAUCGGAACAUGGCCCUGGAAUCCAGGCUGAGAGGGCAUGCGACUCCGGCGAGAAGGUGCGAGGCGCCCAGCAGGAGUUCGAAAUCGCGCUAUCGAUAGAGCCCAGUCCGCGGCGCGCGGCCAACGGUCUGCACAGCAUCGCUGUCUUCCCAUAACGCGUGACAGGCGUACUGUAACGCUGCCGGCCGCCUGAGCAUCGAAAUCCCGGCGCGAUACACGGAUUGGAAAAAUUGCACUGACAAGCUAUCAUAGGAGGCGAACCGGAGCACGAGCAGGAACCAGGAGAUGGGGCGCAGUGGAGGACGCGGCGGGGGGCUGAUCUGGGCCCCGGCGACCGCUGCUGACGCGGGCUGUGACGGCAUGCAGCAAAGGAUGAGAACGUGCGAGCCCCGCCGGCGCUCUGACUCAUCUCUAUCCGUCUCCAUUUCGAUUUGGUAACCUUGCCUGCAACUAUAAAUCCUCGCAGCAACCAAGCCCACUCGUGUCCCCCCUUGCCCGCACUCUUUGCUCGCUUGUCUCGCUGCAGCUUUUGCACGCCCCCCACGUGCAUUCGACUUGCUCGCCGAUCCUCCUUGAACUGGUUGGCCCCCUUCCCUGAACGGUUCACAUUCACCUCCUCCGCAUCCUACACGAAACGCAAUGGCGUCCACUGCAAGCUCUAGCUCAAACUUGAUCCAGUUCCCCAAGCUUCCUGCCGUUUCAUCGUCUCCGUGGGACAGCACCGCAGACAAGCUGUUCCCCCCUCAGCCGCAGCCCUCUCGCGCGGGGCGCACGCUCAAGCAGAGCAGGUCUACGGAGAGCCUCACCCAACGCAAAGAUCGCGUGGAGUUUCUGCGGCGGAGAGAGUGGACACGCAGGAUCGCAGCUAGCGGUGAUCAGCCCGUUUUGCCAACCGUGAGUUCCCCGUUGCCCGCUUCUUCCCUUCUCCGUUCCCAAGCGACCCUUCCCUGCCCCUGGGCCGCGUUUCCUGUCCAACCCGCGCGAUGCAGAGACGCUGACGCUCGUGCCGCUUCCACACAACAGAGACGCGAACGCACGUACUCCUGGGAGGACAUCGUCGCCGCGGCCGACGCGGCCGCAAGCACGUUCGACUACAACUCGUCCGGAUACACCGGCCGGCCGGAUACCAUCAACGAGACCGACGAGGACGAGGAGCCGUACGUGAUCUACACCGCGAGCCCCCGCGCAUCAUACUCCUCGUCGUCCCCGACCCUGUUCUCCCUCUCGGCUCCCUCUGCUUACACGGCUUAUACCCCACAUACCCCGGGCGCAACCGUCAUCUACUCGACGUCCUCCCCGUCGCACUCGCCGACACUCUCGCCCUUAUCUUCGCCGGCCGCUGCCGUGCCUUCGAUAGGCCUCGGCGGGCCGCACCAUGUCCGGCGGGCGUCUUGGCGGGGGCCGCACUCGCGGCACUCGUCGCUCUCAUCGAUAUCGGAGGAAGACGAGGGGUUGGUGCGCUUCUGACCUCUGAUCGCCGGAACGUUCUUGCAACCAUCAUCGUCUGCCACCACGAUGCCCGUGGCUGGCGCCGUUAUCUUGGAAAUCUACGCAUGCGUGCGUAUGAUGCGCUGACUCGAGCUGAGCCAAGGCCGAAGUGGUGUCCACGCAUGCACCGUAUACCGCCCGCGUGGGGGAUGGCCGUGUGUUUGCUCGCGCGAGGCAAUGUACAUACUUAUACCAUACCCAUUGGCGAACACAGCUACGAUAUUUAGCCUAGUUGUACGAUAGGAGAGCAAAAAUCGCUUCUCGCGCCGGCGCUGCGAGCCACAACUCAUGCUCCCACCUUAAACAAUUGAUGGACGAUGCCUCGCUACUCCUUGCCUAAUUUGUAGCUGUAUCUCUAUAAUCUUGUUUUCUUGGCCUGCUGUACCAUCGCAAUAUCACCCCCUCGCG